GAUUCUGUUUAACAAAAAAAAGAGAGAGAAGACACAAGAAAGAAAGAAAAGGCAAAAAAAAAGCUCUUUAAAACUGGAAAAUUCGGACUACACCCUACUGUAUGUAUGUUUGGAACCUUCUUUUUUUUAAAGAGAAAAGUACAUUUAUUUGAUUUUAGCGAAGAGGAGGAGGAGGUGGAAGAAGAGGAAAAGAGAGAAUUCCUAAUUUAAUUCUUGUUUCUGGGCAACUGCUUGCCAUCUGGGAAAGAAAGCGCCGGGCUCUUUGAAAAGCUCUCCCCCACCCCUCCCAAAAAAAAUAAAAAAUCAAAACCAGGAAUUGUUUUAAUUCCUUCAUCUUCUUUUUUGUGGCUGUUGCCAGGGUUAGACAUGGCAGAAUCCAGAAGUGAUUUCUCUUGAGACUUUCCUCUUGCUGACUUGACAGCUUUUUCUUGCCUUUUUGCCUUCUUGGUGAGAUCUGGGAGAUGGUUAAGAGAGGGGAGGGAGUGAUUUAUUUCCAUUAAGUGACUUUUUCCUCUGGAUUUUGUUUUUUUUGCCCCUCUCCUCUUUUUGAAGAACCCCCCCUCUGUGGGUGAAGGUCCUUCCAGCCAGGAUGGCUGCACGCCUACAAAGAGUUUAAGAAGGGGAGCACAGGAGGAGAAGGAAGUUUGCAGAGCGCUCCUUUUUAGGAGAGAAGGGGGGGAAAAAAAGGAAAAAAAGAGCAAAACAGACUUCCCCCCCCCUCCUCCCCCAUUCGAAAGCUUGUGAUCCCGAACUCUGGAUCACUUUGCAAGGAGCUCCCGAAACCUGGAUGGACCGUAGGAUGCUACGCCACUUCGUCCCUAAGAAGAUCUUAAGAACUGCAAAGGUACACAGAAUCUGCUCCAUCUCCGUGCAAUAAAUCAGGAAUCCCAGUUUUUUUUUUCCUCCACACCCCCCUGCAAAAAAAAAUAAGAAGAAAAAGAAGAAGUUGGCAUCCCGCAAAGGGGGGCAGGAGGGGGGGCUGAGAGAGAGAGAGAGAAAGCCAGACGGAGGCGAUUACAGGGCUGGUGACCCCUGCCACUCACCCCCAGACUUUUUAAGAAACAUGCCAAAAUAAAAAGGAGAAAUGAACUGGGGUCCUCCUUCUUCUUAAAGCAUCAAAAAAAGCGCUGCAAAAAAACAAAAGGAAAGGUGAAGAAAAAAUAGGAGAGAGAAAAAAAUCUCUCCCUCCACCCCCCCCAAAAAAAGAAAGGAAGAAAGAAAGAAAGGAGGAGGUUAAACCGAGCGCCAAUCAAGUAAAAUGCAACUUUCGGAGGUAGCGGCGCUUGUGGUCGCCCUCAUUGGGGUUUGUGUCUGGACGGAGGACGGGAGCAAAGUUAUCUCGGAUCGCUUCGCGGUGUACUGGAACAAAACCAAUCCUAGAUUCCACCAAGGGGAUUACACCGUGGAGGUCAGCAUCAACGAUUACCUGGACAUAUACUGCCCGCACUAUGAGAUCCCGUUUCCCAUGGAUCAGAUGGAGAGGUACAUUUUGUACAUGGUCAACUACGAGGGACACAGCUCCUGCGACCAUCGGCAGAACGGCUUCAAACGCUGGGAAUGUAACCGGCCGGAUUCCCCCAACGGGCCCCUCAAGUUCUCCGAGAAGUUCCAGCUUUUUACCCCUUUCUCCUUAGGAUUCGAAUUCAGACCCGGGCACGAGUAUUACUACAUUU